CCUCACUCGGGUCUUUACUCCAUCAUACAUGUCCUAAAUCAACCUAACAUAGGCAACAAGUACACGAUUAAAAUUAUAAAACCGAGAGAGUAUAAACCUCGGGAAAUGUAGGUACAUAAUCUUUUCAAUAGUUAAAGCCCCAGUACCCUUAAUAACUACCACGGUCUCUCCUAAUUGGUUUCUCCAACUAUUAAUUUGUGCCACAAAGUCUAGUUAAUGUUAAGUUUAAUGGAAUGAGUACUAUCCAACUCAAUAACUAACCUUCUGAUAAUUUGUUUUUUCCAAAGACUGCAGGACCUGUUUGUUAUUAUUUACUAUUAUUUAUUGCUUCUUGACCAUCCUUACUAUUUGGCGAGUCUAAUUGUUUCUUAGAUAUUGCUUCUUGACCAUCCUUACUAGUUGGGGAGUCUAACAUUUUCUCUAACCAAGACUUGAUAAAAUUACUUUUCUUGGUCAUUAUAUUCUAAGCAUUGUUUUGGAAGUAUUUUUUAUGUAAUUUCUUAAGUCUAUAAUUUUGUUUCCAAAAAAUAAAUCAAAUACCAAAAGGAAAGAAAAAAGAAAAAAAGGAUGUAUGACUUAUCUAAUGGAAUUGGAGCUAUAAAAAGAUAAAGCUUCCUGAUACUUUAGUGCUCUUGCAGGACUACAAUUACAUUCUGUUUGAUCGAGUUUUGCCAUUUAUAGUUCCUGUUCAAUGUCUUUUUUUCUUGCAAAUGUGAAACCCAGUUUUCAUCUUCAGUUUUAUUGAAGUAGUUUAUCAUAUAUUGAGUAGAUUUCUCUUCUUGAUAGUUCUGAAUAUCAGUUUGAAACCUAAUCCUUAAUCCUUGUCUGCUGCUAUGACCUUGGAGUGACUCAAUAUGCAGUUCAGUGUUUUAUUAACCUGUCAAAUGUUACCAAUUUUAUGAAUAGAUAACAUUGCGAAGAACUUGGGCAAAACUGCCGCUUUGGCACAAAACAAAAUUCUUGUUCUCCUUAUUUUUCCAAGCAAUAUUUUUACCAAAUCCGGAAGAUCUCAACAAGAUGCUGAAGGAAAUGGAUGAUGUCGACAUGCUGACUCUUGUAAUUCAGGAAAUGAGCAAGCACUUCCCCACUCUUUGGACUACCCUAGUUCAUGAGCGAGAUCUGUACAUGUCAUCGACAUUACUAAGAGUUGCUGGUGAACACAACUCUGUUGUAGCAGUUGUUGGGAAGGGUCACCUGCCUGGAAUCAAGAAGAACUGGAAACAACACAUUGAGGUUAAGGAACUACUCACAAUUCCUUCACAGAAACCUGCCAUCUCUGUCACGAGAAUCUUGUCAAUAUUCGGAGUUGCAGUCGCAGGAGUGGCCAUAAUAUCUGGCAUUUAUACUUCAACCAAGAAAUAACAUCAUUGGUUUCGGAUCUAAGUGUCUCUAUUUUCGUGUACUUUAGAGGUCAUACAAGUUUCUUACGUUUUUAGGUGCUGAGGUCAUAGAUUCAAUUCUGAUAUAUCCUGCUGCAGGAAAUGUAAAAUAUUGUUUUUGAAAAUUUUCCUGGGCAGAGGGUGGUAAGCCACAUUUAACUUUGAGAAAGAUUAUUCAAAUUCUUGAACAGCAACAGGAAUAAUGAUGCUAAAAUUUGCCAUCUCUUUUAUCUC